AUGAGUGGUGCAGUAGAAUUUGCAAAAAUUGUUACCCCUAAACAAGAUAGCAUUCCAGCUGUGAACUCCUAUAAGAAAAAGUUUGCCAAUGAAAUCAAGAGUGAUCCUUAUUCAAUUUUAUUGAGAAGCUCAUACGGCAGUGCCGGUGUCAACACCAAGGUUGGUGUUAACUAUUUCAAGUACAAUGUUACUGGAUUGAAAUUGUAUUCGUACCGUGUUGAAUUGGAAAUUGGUUCCAAUGUGAAAACUAGGCUAACCACUAAACAAGCUGUGGAACGGUACUUGUUUGACUUGGAGCCGUUUAAAUCCAAGAGAUCUCAAAUCUAUUAUCGUGAUUUCAACAACAUGUAUUCUAGUAUUCCAUUACCAAUUGAGGAUGUGGUUGUUUACCCAAUUGAAAUUACUGUCAGUGGUGAGAAGAAAACCGUUCACUUGAAAGUGAAAUUCAUCAAAGUAUUGAACUUCAAUGACUUGAUCAAUUAUACCCAGUUGAAAAAGUACACUACCGAUUUUCAAGAAACUGCGGAGUACACAAAUGCAUUAGUUUCUGUGAUUGGAUCUCAGGUAUUGCAAAACAACCAUGUUGUUGGAAUUGGAUCGAAUAAGUUCUUUUUAAUUGAUAAAAGUACCAAAAAACAUGAAUUAGAAAAAGGCUUGUAUCUCGUCAUGGGCACUUUUGCUUCAGUUAGAUGCUCAUUUGACAACAUUCAGGUUAACCUUAAUCCUACGCCAGCUAUAUUCUAUAAAUCAGUGAAAAGCAAUGGUGAUCAGAUGAAUGUUUUGGAUUUGAUUGCUGAAUUUUUGAACCUUAAAGGGUUGCCAACGGAAAGAGAUAUCAGAAAAUCUGAGCAAUUUAUGAAAGGUGUUAAGAUUCGUCGUCAAUAUCUACCAAAGGCUUCUGCAAAGGCAAUCUUGGGUUUCAAUUUCAAAGAUAAUUCAGAGACAUUGAAAUUUAAGGACUCUGAUGAUAAAUUAGUUACUGUGAAACAAUACUUCAAGCAGAGAUGGUCGAUUAGUUUAAAGUACCCCAAGUUACCAUUGAUAAAAAUUAGUCUGGAAGCAUAUUUGCCUAUGGAACUUGGUUUGAUUAUGCCAAAUCAGCAGUAUAAAGGUGAAUUGGCUGAUCCGGCAAAGAUUAUUAAAAUUACAGCUUCAAGGCCAAUGGAAAGAGCUAAAUUAAUUGCUCUGGCUAACAGCAAUUUGUUCCAGAAACAAGUUGAUUUUGGUACCAUAGACCAGAAAUUUACUGUUGUCCCAGCAAGAGUAUUGAGUGCUCCAACAAUCGAGUAUGCAAAGAACCAAAAGGUAACUUACAGAGAUGUUCCUGCUAAUGGGAAAAAUGAAACUAAAAAAGGUAACUGGAAUCUUGAAAAUUUUCAAUUCGUUGAGCCUGCAAGAGCUAAGCAAUACCUUUUUGGAAUUUGUCUUUUGAAGGAUGGUUCAGUCACUAAGGAGAAAAUCGGAGCAUUUUCUUCAGCGGUUCCACUUUUUUUAUCCGAGCUUGGCAGAUUAGGUAUCCCUAUUCGCAAGUCUAAUAAUGGACAUGACUUCAGAAAAUACUCUGUUGAUUUACAGCAUGAAAGUGUGAAAACUCAAGCUGGAUUGGAGGCAACUUUGACAAGUAUAUUCAAAAAGGCCAAGUCACAAGACAAAUGUGAUUAUCUUUUAGUUUUGUUACCGAGAAGCGAUACAACCUAUUAUUUGUCUGUGAAAAGAGUUUGUGAUUUAAAGGUUGGUAUUCUUAACAGUUGUUCUAUUUUAAGUGUAUUUAUCAAGCAAAGAAGAGGCUCGUUUGAUACUAUGACUUAUGCACAAAUGGCCAUGAAAGUGAACAUUAAAUUGGGUGGUUCAAACCACAAAUUGUCACACCAAGAUAGUGCCAGUUUAGUUGAUAAGAAUGGUGUCCCUAUUAUGAUUCUUGGAGCUGAUGUUACCCAUCCAACUGGACAAAUAAAUCAUGAAUCAGUUUCAAUUGCUGCUUGUGUGGCAAGUGAGGAUGGCAUUUUCAACAAAUUCCCAGGUUCAAUUCGAAUUCAAUCUGGUGGGCAAGAAGUUAUCAAGGAUAUUAAAGGAAUGGUUCUUGAAAGAUUGGAAAAUUUCCAUAAUAAAGUGAAAAAGUUACCUUCCAAGGUAUUGUUUUAUCGUGAUGGAGUGUCUGAGGGACAAUACUAUACUGUUUUGAAAGAAGAAUUAUCAAAGAUUAAGGCUGCAUUUGCGGAGUAUGGUAGGUCCAAGAAGGUGCCAAAAUAUUCACCAACUAUAACUUUUAUGAUUGUUGUAAAGAGACACCAUACUAGAUUCAUUCCAUUAGAGAAAAAUGCAAAGGAUCCACGAACAAACAAAGUAGUGGCUGUUCAAAGCUAUGAGAAUGUUAUACCGGGAACAACUGUUGACAGAGAUAUUACAUCGCAAGCGUAUUUUGAUUUUUACAUUCAAUCUCAGCAAGCAUUACAAGGAACUGGUGUCUCUGCACAUUAUUAUGUUUUACAUGAUGAAAAUAACUAUACUUCGGAUCAAAUUCAAAGAAUCACUUAUAAUUUAUGUCACACAUUUAGCAGAGCUACAAAAAGUGUCAAAAUUGUUCCUGCUGCUUAUUAUGCAGACUUACUUUGUACUCGUGGAAGGGAUUACAUUUAUGGUUUUGCCAAAGACACAACUUUGGGAUCUUCUCCAAUAGAACGAGCAAAUGCAAAACUAGGUGAUGGCAUAGCGCCAAAUAUCCGAAACACCAUGUUUUAUAUUUAG